AUGAAACAAGUUAACUGCCAUGAAUUCUUCUUCCCAGCAAAUCCACCUUGCGCACUGUCCAACAAGCACCACCUGAUUACUCUUCCUGACCCGCCUUCAUGUGCGGAAGUGUUCAAGAUUAUGAUUACUCGGCCUGGAUUCGAUCAUGCGUGGAGGGUACCGGUAGAAGUGGGAUUUCAGAUGAGGUUGAGCGAGCGUGGGGAGAGGGUCAUAAAGAACCUAAAGAAAUCAGUUGGAAUUGUGAACAAAGAGGCCGUUCUAGUCCGUUUCCUGUGGCACGAGCGACGUUCCAGGAAGAGCACAACUACCUUCUCAUGCAUCGAGUCUGCGUCUGCUAAUUGUCCAUGA